AUGAAUUUGUUUUGUUGUUUUUGCGGCUCGGACCCGGAAUCAGAAUCGUAUGAGGUAUUAGAAGGACCGUACGGCGAAUUGGAAGCACAAAUCUCAUCAUUAGUGAUGGAUGAACAUUAUUAUUACCUGGGGCUGUCCGGCUCGACAUUGGAGGUAAGGGAUACUGUAAUAUGAAAAAAUUGUUACCUAAAAUGUUUUUUUGUUUUGUAAAGAAAUUUUUUGUCAUUUCUUGUUUUGUAAAGAAAGUUUUUGCCAUUUUUUGUUUUGUAAAGAAAGUUCUUGCCAUUUCAGGGCCUAGUCCUAGAACGCCAAGCCCUAAAGCACAAGGUUUACGUGGAAUUGAUAGAAGGUAACCUAGAAGAAGAACUACUGUCACCUAGGUAUCAACCCGAAUUUUACCUUUUCUGUGCCGAUGUCAUGUACCAAAAUGGAAUGCCUGUGGCCAAGGAGAUUAUUUACAAUUUGAAAAAAAGUUGCAAAAAGAUCCCUGGAGAACAGGCGAUUGAGAUUGUCAAGUGUUUGGAACAUGCCUGUGGCAAUAAGGAGAAGGAGAAGAUUGAACUCGGCGUGGAGUUUAUUUCUUGCGAUUAG